AUGACAUAUUCAUAUUCAUACACUGGCUACUCAACAGACAUUGAUGAGGAAGCUGCUAUGUCGAAAGCUAUCGAAAUGUCACAAACAUCAUCAAAAAUUGAUAUUCCUAGCGUUAAUCUCAAAGGAUGGGGACAAGACGAGUAUCUCUUCGUUCUCGAUUACUUCAAUUCCCUUGGUUUAGAAUAUUCACAGGCCGUACUGAAAUACGAAAGCCAGCAUCCAGAUAUUAAGCUUGAUAGAAAAGCACUCGCAAAAAGAUAUAACCUCGACUAUGAAAUUCGUACACCACUCAUUGUACAACUUAUGUCAGAACACCUUGUUAAGAUCGAGGAGUAA